CCUCUUUACUUUGCUACAGAAAAUGGAAAAUUUGUUUUGGAAAAACAUAAAACAGAAAACAAAAGAACACAAAAAUGGCGAGCGCUCUUCUCUCUGUUUCUCGUUUCCUCCCUUUGCAAAACAGGGAGCUGGGUGGAUUUAUAAGAAAUUUCCGGAGCCCGUACCUUGGAGAAGUUAUAGGUAGUAAAAGUUUUGUGAGAAGGGCUGUUAGGAGGAGGGUCCAUGGAGACUGCUUUGUGGUUGCCUCUGUGCUUGGACAGAAGGUCAAGAACAGAGAAACAGUUAUCCCUGACCCAGAUUACCGAAUAGCGAGUGUCCUUCUUGGUUUAUCUGGUGGGUUAAUUUAUACAAAUAAUCUAUUACCAGCUGCACCUGUUGGCCUCCUUGGAUUGCUCCUAUUGGUUCAGACAAGUAGAGUGAGAUUUGUCUUUGACAAUGAGGCUCUGGAGGUAAAAGUAGGAGAACAACUUCAGGAGUCAGGUGAAAACGUUUUUGUGGGUGGAAAAAACCGCUGGAAAUAUUCAACAUUCGUGAACUGGGAACUCUGGUGGCCCAACUUCCCUAUUUUGGUGUAUUUUAAGGAGACACAAACUAGGCCUGAAGGACAAGUGCACUUCUUUCCAGUAAUUUUUAAUGGGAAGCAACUCUAUGAUGUUAUGGUGGAGCGAGCUGGACCUUCAAAAACCAGUGGGCCCAAAUGAUUGUGAAAGUUUGAGUUCCGUGGUCUCAACUAUCCUGCCACUACCAUCUGAAGAUCAAAUAUAUUUAAUAUUGUCGGGUAAAGGUGCUUGCCAUGUUUACUUGAAGCUGCAUAUAGAAUAUAUAGUCGACUAUUUAUCCAUCAAACUCUGUUAUUUGUGGACUAUUCCACUGAGGAGCAUAAGGCUUAAUGCUGUAACCUAGCAUUUUACUUGGCUGACAUGCAUGUAAAUAUAUUGGAGACAGAAAUUUACUCUAUAUUUUAAAUUUUGAACAUCAUACAGUUGGCUCU